GAAAUGGAUGAAGCGAUGGCGGCCGUGGAGCGUCCUCGCGGCGAGGCAGCUUCACAGAGCUCCCGGCGGGAGCUCCUGCCUGAAGCGCAUGGUGGGCGAGCUCCAGGAGGGGGAAUGGGCGAUCUGGGGCGAUCUAGCGCGGCGGCGGCUGAUCGAGCGGGAGAGCCCCGGCAUUUCAUCGCAGCAACAGCAGCAGGACCAGCGGAAUUCGAUCGACAUCCUCUCGUACGCCGAGCACAUCCGGCGCUGCGCGUUCUUUCACUUUCUCCCGCAGGGCCGGCGCCUCUACUGGGAGCUUCGAAUCGCCGGCAUGGAUCAGCACCGGUACCUGGGGAAUCUUCUGAUCCAGAUGUUUGGCAAUUGCCGGUCGGUCGUCGAGGCCAAGGCGGUGUUUGAUGGCAUCCGCGAGAGGAAUCUCUACUCGUGGAAUAUCAUGCUUGUAGCAUAUGCCCAGAAUGGGCAUCUGCGGGAGGCGAGGAUAGUCUUCGAGAAGAUGCCACUUCCAAGCGUCGUGACAUGGAAUGCCAUUCAUGGCGCAUACGCACAGGCGGGGGAGUUCUUUGAGACGGUGGAUUUGUUCGCGAGAAUCCCCGACAGAGAUCCAGUGUCCUGGAACACCAUGAUCACUGUGUAUGCGCAGCACGGGCAUCUGGACGAAUCCAAGGCGACGUUCGAGGCAAUGCCGACGAGGAAUGUGGUGUCUUGGAACUCGAUCGCGGUGGCUUACGUUCGGUCCCUCCAGAUCAGGGACGCCAGGCUCUGCUUCGAUCGAAUGCCUUGCCACAACGUCGUGUCGUGGAACACGAUCGUGUCCGGCUAUGUCGAGCUCGGGGAGAUGGCCGAGGCCGAGGAGCUCUUCCAAAACAUGCCUGAGAGAGACGCGGUUUCGUGGACAGCUCUCAUCACCGGCCUUGCGCAGGAGAGAGAUUUGGAUCGAGCUCGGGAGAUGUUUGAUAGAAUGCCUCUCAAGGAUCUAGUGUCGUGGACUGCGAUGAUCACUGCCUUUUCUCACAAUGGUCGGCUCCAAGAAGCGCAGAGCUUGCUCGACAACUUGGGAACAUUCGACAGUGGCUCCUGGAAUGCGAUGAUCACGGGAUACAUCCAGAACGGGGAGGGACGAGCAGCUCUCCAGCUCUUCCGACUCAUGGAUCUACAGGGCGUUGGCAUCGACAAGGUGGGAUUUUUCAACGCCCUGGACGCGGCAAUCUCCAUCGCCAACUUAGCCGAGGGCCGAGCGGUUCAUACGAUCGCGCGAGACAGUGGCUUCUUGCUAAACCUCCAGGUGAACAACUCGCUCAUCAACAUGUAUGGCAAAUGCGGCAGCCUGGAAAACGCGAGAGAUGUGUUUGAUUCCAUGCUCGAGAAGAACUUGGUCUCGUGGAACGCGAUGAUAACCUCGUAUGCGAAGAAUGGCGAGUGCUCCAAUGCGGUGGAGAUGUUCCAGCUGAUGAUCCUUGCGGGUGUUGCGCCGGACGAGAUUGCUUUCACCACCACUCUCUCGGGAUGCAGUCACGGGGGCUUGUUUAGAACUGGAUGGGAGAUCUUCUCCUUGAUCCAGGACGAGUUUGGAGGGAUUCCGUCCAUGGAUCACUACGCUUGCAUGGUUGAUCUUCUCGGUCGCGUGGGUCACCUGGAGAGGGCCGAGGAGCUCAUCCAGUGCAUGCCUUACGAGCCGCAGCUCCUGACUUGGAGAUCGCUGGUGGCGGCGUGUAGACUCCACGGUGAUGCCAAGCGAGGGAAGCGGCUUGCGAGAUUUGUGAUGAUGCUGGACGAGGGGAUCUCGUCCACUCUAGAGAUCGCGUCGAGCACGUAUGUUUUGGUGUAUAACUUGUUCUCCUCGGCUGGGGAGGAUGCGGAGCUUGUGGAUGGAGUCAAACGAAGGAAACGAGCUAAUAAAUUUUGAAAUUGGUAAAGUUAUUUUUUAAUAAUAGUGAUCAAUGCUUUCAUUCAA